CACGCCGACUCACAUCACUCGCUCUCGCCGUCGGGCGUUUCGCAUUAAUUUACCAGGGAAUACAGUGACUGCGCAAUACAGUGACUGUGCUCAAUGUAAUCAUGCCACGACCGAUUGCCUUGGAUUCUUUUGUGGCGUUUAAAGAGUCAUCGUUGAAUUGAAGCGACGGACAAAGUGGUCAAUCGAAAUGAGAUUGACACGAUCAUCGCGAUCGGCGCGUGCUUCUCGAUGAACGGGAGGACGAUCGGCAUUUUCGAUGAAGCGUCUCGCAGUCAUAUCGGCGGUGCACACGGCCCAACUGUUGCAGCACGCCAACAACAGUCAGCAAGGCUACAAUAUGACCGUAGGCGUUGGUCCCGGUGCCGGCAGAUCCGCUCGUUACGAGACCGAUUUGCACGGCAAUGUUAAUAUUCUGCUCGGAGGUGCAAUGCUGGGUGGUGUGAUCGUAGUGGUGUUUCUGGUCUGCUACUGCUGCCAUAAAAACAUGAGGAAGCACCGGCCACACGAAUACUCGCAAUACUGGCGUCCCGAAUCUGACGUACACAGUCUCGAGGUCUUCACUAUGGACUCGCACGCUAUGUGCUACGAGAGGAACGCAAUGUCGUUGAACCAUUUGGAUGAACUGCCAACGUCCGUGACAGCGACGACUCUAACAUCUCUACCUGCUCGUCGGCCGUCGACUCCAGGACCACCACCAGCUUAUGAAAGUCUAAUCUUUAAACCUUACAUGACAUCCCCAUCGGACAAGAAACCCGAUUUCAGUUCGUGUAUAUUACCGGUGCCCAUAGACUUGGAAAGAGGUAUGCAUCAGCAUCGCCAUCAUCACCAGCAUCAUUGUCGAUCACUCGGCAAGGACGAAGAGGAUCAUUCGAGCAGACACGUGAUUGAUCACGACGAAGGAUUGCCAUCAUACGAAGCCGCACUUAAAUUGGAAGCACAAGGUUACGUCUGAAUUGAAAGAUAUCACGGGAGACUGUGAUAGGUUUAUAUGUACUUGGACUCUGAUUGUUAAGUGCUACAUAUGUAGGCAUUGAGUGAUUUCUGCAGGAUGAACCGCUUGACAGUGUCUUGUGAUACAGUGAAUUGACGUCAAAAAGUGCGCCGAAGAUGUAUUACUGUAGGAUUGUUUGUUCGUAAAGUUACACAUUAGUUCGACCGAUAUCGAGAAGCAGUUGUUUGUAUCCAAAGACUUGAUUUUAUUGAAGAUUGUUCAGUUGAUUGUGUUACUUUUAGUAUAAAUGUACAUAUGUAAACAGAUAACGUAAAAAUAAGAAUCGUCGCAUGUAGCAAUGAGCUUUUCAAUAUAACAAUGUAUUGUUCAACACCAAGAUUUUUUAUAUUACGCGCAUUUAUCAGCAACUUAAGAUGAAUCAUAAAGUAUUAUAGCUUGAUUGUAAUUGAACUUUCAUUUCGUUUUGUUACAAUUAUGGCCAAAGCUCUCAAUGUCUUAUGAGAAACGUCUGUAUUUUUGUAUAAUACAUCAUUAAUAAUUUUUCUGUGAAAUCUUUGUUCUCAAGGAUGCGCUCCUUUUUACUUUUUUGACUCUGAAUAAACUGUCUUGAGGAAUUAUAAAGCUUACUUUUUUAACGUCGUUAAUUCAUAAGUGUUAACGCACAGUGCACAACUUUCAACA